CCCCGCUCGCUCUGCCCGUCAUUCGGGCUGAGCUGCGGCCAUGGCCGCCCUGCGGAGCCUCCUGCGGUGGCGCCUGCUGGGCCCCCCGCACUCCUGGUCCCUGCCCGGCGGGCCGGAGCUGGGCAGGUCCCUGGGGGCCGGCGCGGGGCAGGAGUCGGCGGGGCCGGGCCGGCGGGGGGAGCUGGGGAUGGCGGCGGGGGCGGCCGGGGGGGCGCUCGCCUGUUACCUGGGCUACCGGCUCUAUGAGCGCCGGACCGGGCGGCAGCCGGAGCCCCCCCGCCCCCGUGGGGCGCAAGCAGCCGCCGAGCGCCGACCCGCAGGAGCCGGAGAGCCCGGCCCGACCAAGGGGCUGCUGCCCAUCCCCGUAGCGGCGGCUGCCAAGGAGACGAUCGCAGAAAGCAGAUCAGACCUUGAAGAUCUGGACCUUUAUGCAACUUCUCGAGAGCAACGGUUUCGUAUAUUUGCCAGUUUAGAAUUUGAAGGCCAAUUAUAUAUGACCCCACAUGACUUCAUUCAGUCUGUUACAAGUGAUGCACCCAAAUGUGCUAAAAAGUGGAAGUCCCUUUCAAAACAGGAAUUGAAUCAGAUACUUAUAGAGACACCACCAGUUUGGAAAGGAUCAUCAAAACUUUUCCGUAAUCUUAGAGAGAAAGGUUUGAUUUCCUACACAGAAUAUCUGUUUCUCCUUUGUAUCUUAACAAAGCCUCAUGCAGGUUUUAAAAUAGCUUUCAACAUGUUUGAUACUGAUGGCAAUGAGAUGGUCGACAAAAAGGAGUUCUUAGUGCUUCAAGAGAUAUUUAGAAAGAAAAAUGAGAAGAGAGAAAGAAAAGGAGAUGAAGAGAAACGUAUAAUGUUGCGCCUUCAACUCUAUGGAUAUCAUACUUCUACUAACAGUGUACUUAAGACAGAUGGAAAGGACCUUGUCCCCAGAAGCUAUUGGGAUACAUUGAGACGUAGCACAAGCCAAGCUCUCUUUUCGGACCUUGCAGAGCGUGCAGAUGACAUCUCAAGUUUGCUAUCUGAUACCACACUGCUUGUGCAUUUUUUUGGCAAGAAGGGAAAGGCUGAGCUAAACUUUGACGAUUUUUAUAGAUUUAUGGAUAACCUACAAACCGAAGUUCUAGAAAUAGAAUUCCUUUCCUAUUCUAAUGGGAUGAACACCAUCAGUGAGGAAGACUUUGCUCAUAUUCUUUUGAGAUAUACAAAUGUGGAAAAUACAUCAAGUUACCUGGAAAAUGUACGUUGCAGGAUCCCUGAAGAAAAGGGUAUCACAUUUGAUGAGUUCAGAUCAUUUUUCCAGUUUUUGAACAACCUAGAAGAUUUUGCAAUUGCAAUGCAAAUGUAUAAUUUUGCAAAUCGUUCUAUAGGACAAGAUGAAUUCAAGCGUGCUGUGUAUGUAGCUACAGGCCUGAAGCUUUCAGCACAUUUGGUGAACACAGUCUUCAAGAUCUUUGAUGUUGACAGAGAUGACCAGCUGAGUUAUAAAGAAUUUAUUGGCAUUAUGAAGGACAGAUUGAAUCGAGGGUUCAGGAUUUAAAGUCAACAUUUCAACCCAGAAAGAUGGGUAGGGAAUAGGAAAUCACUUGGUAAAAGUUGGAGAAAAUGAGCCAGUAAACUGACUGGAGCUUUGCCAUGGGGCAGACCUGUAAACCUCACUACUCUCUACACUCUUCCCAGUCCACCAGCAAAGGAAGGAAAUUUUGGGAGUGUCAAAGUUUAAAGGAGAAUUUUUAAAUAACAUUGGACAAUUGGGACCUACACCUGAACAUCGUUGCACAGUGGUGUUACGUGAUUGCAUAGCUAUUUUGCUAGACUUAUGAGUUGAUUUGGGAUUUAGAAAUAAUUUUAGAUUUUAUUUUUAAAUGGAGCAGUUAGAAAAAUUCAUGUAUCAUUUUAGAAUGACCAUAUGAAGUCCCACGUUUUUCUUACUGUUUUUUAUAUAGCAAUAUCACAAGUUAUUUAUUUAAAUUUAGUUUUUAAAUGUAAUAUGCUCUUUUCAAACUGACAAUAUAACCAUUUAGAUACAAGCUUUAAACUCAUACUAUAGAGUACAGUACUUGUUAAAUUGAAAUUUGGAUUUGUUUUUUCAUAAUAUUUUACCCACUGUAUUACUCAAUUUUAAAGUAGAAUAGAUUUCUAAAUUGACUAAUUAAUGUUAGGUCUUGUGUAGAAGGUGAUGUUGAAUCUCGUAGGUGGCUUGGCUUUCUUUGUUAUAUUUUGACCCUGUGAAGAAAACAUGUUGAUAGCAUUCGUUCAGAAAUGGUGACACAAAUGUAUUUCCUGCUGAUGCUCAAACCAUAAUUUUUUUUCUUGAUAAUGUGGAAGUAUAGUUGUUUUAUAACCAUUAGUUAAUCAUGCAGUUAAACAUCUAUGUUAACUAAUUGUAAAGGUGUAGUAUAUGUUAACUUAAGCAAUGCAUAGAGUAGUUACUAAAUAAUUAUUGUGAAUAUGGAGUAUAUGUAUGCUUCUUUUUAAUAUUAUUAAAAAGCAGGACAGAAAUCAAAUAUAAGCUUUAAAAGUCAUCUUUGUCAGACACUAUUUUGCUUUCCAUGUACCAUGCUUUCCUUAUAGGCAACUUGAAAAGCUCUUGGCUCACAAAAUAGGGAGUAUACUGCACACGCUAGGCUAGAUUGUGAUAUCUUUACUCAGACUGAGUGGCACCUUGCUCCACAAGUGAUCCCAUUGAUUUCAAUGGAACUACUCUGGGAAUCAGGUGCUACUCACAGUGUGUAAGGGUAUCAAAAUUUGGUCCCAUACUAUAGGGACAACAAUGAUAUAGUCACUUUUAUUUUUUAAUUGUAUUUAUUUUUCUUACAAGGGUUAUAACUACCCAUUGCCUUGUCAUAUGAUUCCUAAAAAUAUAUUAUUUCCGCCGGGAAAGUAGAACUCCAGGACACUCUAGAAAUAAACUUCAUGGUGCGAGUAUCACUUUUUAGCAAGGUUUCAGAAGUAAUGCAGAAAACAUGUCAGCAUAUACCAUGUGUAAGUAAUGGUGUCUGUUGUAAACCUCUUGCAAAAUUCUUUUUUUUUUAAAUAAAGUCUAAUAAAAAACAAACAAACAUUAUUGAGUUGUAGAAUGAAAAGGAAAAAGGGCAUAGCAUGUAGCACCUUACUGCUUUUUACAUGCCCAAAUUGGCAGGAAGUAUCUAUGAUCUUUCAAGCUGCAGAAAGUUGCAGAUAUGGCCUCAGUGGCCAGGAUAAUUUCUUUCCAACUAAUUUGACCUUGCAGAAUUAUACAAUAUUUAUUGUUGCCAAAGCAAGUACAUUGUAACUCUUUAGCCACGAUUAUAGUCGCAUUUAUAGUGUGCUGAAGCAGUUGUCUCAUGCUAAACUGAAAUUAACAUAUAAGUAACAAAGCUAAGGGAUGGUAGGAAGGAAAACAGCACACUAAAGAUAAUGGAUUUCAAGAAGUCAGACUUUAGCAAACUCAGGGAAUUGGUAGGUAAGACCAUGGGAAGCAAGUGUAAGGAGAAAAACAGUUCAAGAGAGAUGGCAGAUUUUCGAAGAGACAUUAUUAAGAGCACAAGAGCGAACUAUCCCACUGCAAAGGAAAGAUAGAAAGUAUGGCAAGAGACCACCCUGGCUUAACAAGGACAUCUUCAAUGAUUUGAAACUCAAAAGAGUCCUACAAAAAGUGGAAAAUAAAUCAAAUUACAAAGGAUGAAUAUAAAUAAAAAACACAAGCAAGUGGUGACAAAAUUAGAAAGGUCAAGGCACUAAAUGAGUUUAAAUUAUCUAGAGACAUAAAGGGUAACAUGAAAACCCCAAGGAUAGGGUAGGUCUGUUAAUUCAGUGGGGGGGGGGGAGAACAAUAACAGGAAAUAUGGAACUGGCAGAAGUGCUAAAUGACUUUCAUGUUUCAGUUUUCACCAAAAAGAUUAGUGUCAACUGGAUAUCUAACUUAAUGAAUGCCAGUGAAAAUUAGGCAUGAGCAGAGGCUAAAAUAAGAAAGAACAAGUUAAAAAUUACUUAGACAAGUUAGAUGUCUUCAAGUCACCAAAGCUUGAUGAAAUACAUUCUAGAAUACUCAAGAAGCUGACUGA